GGGAAUCACCCGGUCAACCAGAGAGGCUCAACAUAAACAUUCGAGCAGGAUCACGUGAUGGAAUUCAAGCUUCAAUUGGCCGAGUCCCUGAACAGUGUACGAACAUUCUGGACAUUAGACGAAGAUGACUCGCUUCUACGUGGAGGGCGAAUUUCGCAGAAUCAUUUCGACGCUCAUUGGAUACCGCGUUUUAGCUCGCCCGCGGUGCUCUUUCCCUGCGUACCGUUCGGGAUUGAAGGGCACUCACCGCAGAAGUGUGGCUAUUGCUGACUACUCACCUUUGGUAUUGGUUAUAGUCGGCAUGGUAUUGUUGUCCUACAAGUUGCUACACUGGCCGCGUAUCGCUAUACAGGUGGCUAUAUACAGGUGGC